AAGAAUAUGAAGAAUAUAAAUAAUUCGGAAUAUGUACAAAAAACGAAAAACAUAAAUUUACAUAAAUUAUCAACAACUGCAGAAAAAAUAGAGAUAAAAGAUUUGAAUUGGUGGCUUUUAUUUGGAAUUAUUAUAAUACUCACAGCAGGAACAAGGUUUUACAAUGUUACAGAACCACAACAUGUUUGUUGGGAUGAAACUCAUUUUGGUAAAAUGGGAAAUUGGUACAUAAAUAGAACAUUUUUCUUUGAUGUUCAUCCACCUCUUGGAAAGAUGUUAAUAGCAUUAUCUGGAUACUUAACUGGUUAUGAUGGAACAUUUCCCUUUGAAAAACCAGGGGAUAAGUUUGACAAUGUUAAAUAUGUUGGCAUGAGAAUUUUUUGUACAUUUUUAGGUGCAACUAUAGUACCUUUAUCAUAUCUUAUUGUAUGGGACUUAACAAAAUCUAUUCAAGCUGCAGGAUUCUCUGCAUUAUUUAUUUUAUUUGAUGUGGGAUUACUAACAUUAAACCAGUAUAUUUUGUUGGAUCCUAUAUUACUAUGUUUUAUGAUGUGUGCAACUUGGGGUAUGGCUCAUACAAGUUCUCUUCGCAAUGAACCAUUUACAAUUAAAUGGUGGGGAUGGUUAUCAUUCACUGGAAUUUCUCUUGCUUGUACAAUUAGUAUAAAGUUUGUUGGUUUGUUUGUUGUUUUAUUAGUGGGAUUUAAUACUGUUUCUGAAUUAUGGAGAGAAUUAGGAGAUCUCACAAAAUCUAUUGUAUAUGUAGGCAAGCUAUUGUUAGCACGUUGUAUUUGUCUAAUUGUUUUACCAAUAUUAACAUACAUGUUAUUUUUUUAUAUUCAUCUUACUGUUUUAAAUAAAAGUGGAAGUGGAGAUGGAUUUUAUAGUUCUGAGUUUCAGUCCUUAUUAGAAGGAAAUUCUUUAUACAAUGCAACAAUGCCACGACAGUUGGCUUAUGGAGCUACAAUUACUUUGAAAAAUCAUAGGACUGGUGGAGGAUACUUACAUUCUCAUUGGCAUCUUUAUCCAGAAGGAGUUGGAGCUAGACAACAACAAAUUACAACUUAUUCGCAUAAAGAUGAUAAUAAUUUAUGGCUCAUAAAAAAAUUUGAUACUGAUUAUAUACCAUUAGAGCCAGUACUAGUAAAGCAUGGUGAUCUUAUACGCUUAGAACAUGUUAUCACACAUCGAAAUUUGCAUUCACAUAAAGAGAUCGCACCUAUCUCUAAAAAGCACUAUCAAGUUACAGGAUAUGGCGAAAAUGGUACUGGUGAUGCUAAUGAUGUAUGGAAAAUUUUAAUAACAAAUGGCAAAGAUGGCGAUGCAAUCGAAACGGUAACGAGUAAAUUAAAAUUUGUACAUUAUCUACAUCAUUGUGUAUUAACGUGUAGUGGCAAAACAUUGCCAAAGUGGGCAUAUAGUCAACAAGAAGUUUCUUGUAAUCCAAAUAUGAGAGACAAGAAUGCAUUAUGGAAUAUUGAAGACAAUAAUUAUGCCAAAUUGCCAAAUGUUAGCUUUCAAGUAUAUGCACCUGGAUUCUUAGAUAGAUUUUUGGAGUCACAUGCAGUAAUGAUGCAAGGAAAUUCUGAUUUGAAAGUUAAAGAAGGAGAAGUAUCAUCUCGACCUUGGCAGUGGCCCAUUAAUUACAGAGGCCAAUUUUUUUCUGGUAACAGUUUAAGAAUAUAUUUACUGGGCAAUCCAAUUAUAUGGUGGGGUAAUAUUAUAUUUUUAAUACUUUUCAUUAUAAUAUAUAUCCACGCUUGCGUGCGACAACAACGCGGUUGUGUAGAAAAUACUGCUGUCCUUGAACAAAGGAAUAAAAUAUUAAAUGCAGGAAAGUGGCUUUUCCUUGGUUGGAUAUUACAUUAUGCACCAUUUUGGGUAAUGACUAGAGUUUUGUACUAUCAUCAUUAUUUCCCAGCUCUAUUAUACAGUUCAAUGUUAUCUGGAAUAACAUUGAAUUAUAUUAUCAAUAGUUUGAUCACUUUAUUCCCAAAUAAAAUUGGAUAUGUCAUAUAUCAUACAAUAGUGGCUACUGUUAUUUCAAGUAUCAUAUACAGCUUCUAUUUGUUUUCUCCAUUGGCUUAUGGUAUGGUUGGCCCUUCUUCACUAGAUCCUGAGAGUCCAAUGCAUUCUUUAAGAUGGUUGGAUACAUGGGAAUUUUAA